AUGGAUUACUUGAAUAGUAUAUUAUCCCAGCAAAAUCAGGUUCAGCUGGUAGAGGAAGCAAUUCCUACUCUUUGUAAUAGACUACAGCAUGCCACCUUGUCCUCAGAUAGAAGAUCAGCCGUAUUAGGAUUAAAAAGUUUCAGCAGGCAAUAUAGAGAGUCGGUUGUGGAAUACGGAUUAAGAGCAUUAAUUACAACGUUGAAGAAAGAUUCCUCGAAUCCUGUUAUCAUAAAAGCGAUUUUAGAAACGUUACUUAUUCUAUUUAUUAGAGGUGAAGGAGACGAUGAUUUAACCCGAGGUUGGAUUUCACAACAGUCGAGACUCCAGAAUGGAAAAUAUCCGUCUCCAAUAUUAAUGAGCGAUGCUUCUGUUGAUCAAUUUUCUUUGUGGAUUGCUGAUGAAGUUACUCAAGAUGAAGAGUGUAUUUCGUUAUUACUCGAGAUAUUACUGGAGAAUGAUAAUUUCCAUAUUAGGUUGUACACCUUGCAAUUAUUAGAGGCAUUGGUAUCAACGAGAGGAGAAAAAACCAAAGACUGUUUAAUGAAUAUACCAACAGCCGUUUCUACAUUAGUUUCUCUAUUGAAUGAUUCUCAUGACCCAGUUAGAAAUGAGGCCAUUUUGCUUUUAAUGGCAAUCGUUAACCGUAAUUUUAAUAUUCAAAAGCUAGUUGCAUUUGAAAAUACCUUUGAUAGUCUUUUUGAUAUUAUUGACGAAGAGGGAGGAAUAAGAGGUUCGAUUCUUGUGCAAGAUUGCCUUACGUUGAUUACCAACUUGUUGCAAUAUAAUGCAUCUAAUCAGAAAUUUUUCCUAGAAACACAAUGUGUUCCACGCUUAGCUAAGUUGUUGGGUGAACCAGUGGAGGAUGCAGUGGAUGGUGAAUUAAUGGAUGAGAAUGGUAUGCCUAUACUUCCACCACCCAUGGUAUGGACGGAACAGAGAUUACAGAAUAUGAUCAUUGCCUUGGAAAUAUGUAGAAUAUUAGUCUCGGAAGACAACGAGUCGUUACAAAUAAAUCAAGAGAAAUUAUUUCAAUCGGGUGUUUCGUUUAUUGUUUUAAAGCUAGUUUUCUCGCCAGUGACUGCUAAUGCAGUUAGAUCGAUUGCGUUGCUUACAACUGCAGAUUUAAUAAGCGGUAAUCCGGAAAUCCAAUUACAAUUUUCACAGAUAGAUGUUCCGUAUAUUGAUCCGUCUAUGCCAACCCAAUUAAAGUCAUAUGACAAGUCGAUACCUGUCACUAUUGCAUUGCUCAACUGGACAUUAUUUAUUAAUUCAGUUCAUGUAUUUGAUAUAAGAAUGGGGGCAGCGCAAUGUUUGCAUGCAUACUUCAAAGAAAACAAGGAUUCAAAGUCAGCUUUUUUAACAGAUCAAAUAAAGGCAUAUGCGGACCCUCAGUAUUUUUCAAAUUUAGGUGACGAAAAAGAAGAAAACAAAAAGGACGAUGAAUUAAAAGACAAUACGGCUAACAAUGGAUCAUCUAGUAAAGAAGCAAAUUCAAUGGCUCAUGAAAAGAUGCAAGACAGUAAUACUAUUCCUACUCCCUUUGGAAACAUAUUCGCGACCCUAAUGGAUUAUGAUGCUGAUAUUAAAUUGAACCCUUACAGAUUAUGGUUUGCUGCUGUAAUUUUGAUCUAUCUAUUUGAAGAACAUGAAGAAAACAAAAUGGCAGCCCAGAAAGUCCAUACCGGUGAUGAAAGUGCUGGUGAAGAAGUCAUGAGCUCGAUUCAAGCUAUCUCAGGUCUAUUGAUAACAACCUUAGAUAAUAUGGACCCUCGUAUCUCAGUUGGAUAUCUAAUGUUAUUAACUAUUUGGUUGUAUGAAGAUUUUAAUGCAGUAAAUGAAUUUUUAGAAGACUCUACGAUUAUUAAGUCUAUAUUGACAUUUCUUUCUAAUAAUUCCUCCGAACUGGCCGUGUUGGUGCAUGGUAUGGCUACAAUUCUAUUGGGUGUGGUUUAUGAAUUCUCGUCAAAAGAUUCUCCUAUGCCUAGAUUAGAACUACAUUCCCUUUUAGUGAAAGCAAUGGGCAAAGACAACUACUCUUUAAAGGUAAGACAAUUUAAGGAUAACGAGCUAUUCAAGAGUUUCGAUGGAGAAUCACCACUAAGUAAUACUAAAGAUCAAACCGGUUUACCUGAUGUUUAUUUCGAAGCUAUUUAUGUAAACUUGAUCAAAGAAAAUUUCCCUCGAUUAAAGAAGGCGUUAUUUCAUGACCCUCAUGCCGAACCCCAGGGACAUAUAUCUUUUGAGAUUUAUGAAGAACUAGACACAAAGCAUAAUUUACUUAAAACCCAGUUAGAUCAGGAAAAAGUUAAAGCUUCUGAAACAGAAACAAAACUUCAGGAAGAAAUUCAUAAAUUGAAUAAAGAUGGUGAAGAUUUGAAAUCAAAAUUAGACAAAGCGUUAAAUGAGUUGAAAGAAUUAGAAAGCAAGCAUUCCUCUGUCAACGAAAAGUAUAACAAUGCCAAUAAAAGUUUACAAGCAACUGAAAAAUCAAAAAGAGAGUUUGAAACUUCGUCUACUAAAUAUUUCAAGGAAUUACAAGAUGCAUUAAAAAAGGUUGGAGUGAGCGAUGAUUUAGUUAAAAAUUUAGAGCAAAAAUUAGAAAAUUCUGAACAAGCUAGACAAAAGGCUGAAGAUGGUAUAAAUAAAAUGAGUAGGGAAUUGUUUCAACUUAGUAAACAGAAGAAGGAGGCUGACAAUAGCAUUAAAUCCCACGAAAAGAAGAUUGACUCUUUGAAGGUAGAGAUUGUCAGCAUCACGAAAAACUUUGAAGCUAGAAUUGAAAAAUUGCAAAAAGCUAAUGACUUGUUCAAAGAAAAAGUCGAAGAUUUGAAUAAGAAAAUAUCUGAAUCAAUUUCCUACAAUGAGCAUAGUGAGAAAAAGUCUCGUGAAAUGAAAGAAAAACUUGAUGAUGUAGAGGCAACUAAUGAGCAUUUGAUGGAUAAAUUAAGAUCUGCUGCGUCUGCAUUUCAAGAGAUGAAAUCAGCUAAAAAUAUCUCUGAUAAAGAAAUCGAGAAAUACAAAAUUGAGAUCAAAACUAAAAGUGACGAAUAUAAUUCGUUGCAACUGGAAUUCAAUUUAUUAAAAGACGAAAAGUCGACAAUAACUAAAGAAUUUGAGGCCUUUAAAGUGGAAUCAUCUGCUGAAGUUAACAAGUUAAAUUCAAGCAUCAAUGAUUUAAAGUUAGAGAAAGACUCUUUGGAUAGCAACCAUUCUACAAUCUCUACUGAAUUUGAAGGUUUGAAAGAGAAAUUGUCACAAGAAUCUAAAAGAUACAACGAUCUAAAACUUGAUUAUGAUAGUCAACUUGAAGUAUUGAAAUCUGAAAAUGAAAAACUCAAAAAAGACUUGGACGAUAUAACCAAUUCGAAAGCAGAUGCUGAGCUGAAGCAUAAAUCCAUAGAAGAGGAAUUGCUGACGUUUAAAGCUAAGCAUACUAAACUAAAGGAAGAAUUAGAAAAGUCGUUGGUUUCGAAAACGGGCGAGUAUGAUGAAGUUAUAGAAAAGUUGAAAAAUAAAGAUCUCAGCAUUGCUUCAUUGAAAGAAACGCAUUUGAAACGGGUGGAAGAAUUAGACUCUGGGAAUUCAAAGCUUUCACAAGAACUAGAAGCUGCGAAUUUUAAGUGUUUAGAAACCGCAAAACAACUCAAGGAUCAUCUAGAUUCAUCUUCUAAAUUGGCUGAUCAAAUUUCUGCUUUAGAAAAGACAAAAGUUGAUCUAGAAAAAUCCAUACAAAGUGCUGAAGAAGGAUCAAAAAAAUCCUCUGAAGAAUUCGAAAAACAAAAGUCUGAAUUAAACCAAAACUUGACAAAACUAGAAGAAGAAAAAGAAAUAGUUCAAAAGAAAUUGGAACUGAUGCAAAAAGCAAAGUCUAUUGCUGAGGAAGAAUUGGCCAAGCUAAAGCAAGUAUCGAAUGAAAAGAAUAAAUUGGAAUCUGAAAUAUCUGAAUUAAGAUCAGAAAUUGCUGAGUAUAAAGAUUCUCAUGUUUCUAUUAACAACAAAUUGGAUAGCACAACCAAGGAGCUAAGUGACAAGAAAGUUCACAUGGAGAACCAAGAAUCCAAGCUCAAGGAGCUUGUUAAAUCCUUGGAUAAUGAAAAGACCAUUGUAAAGAAUUUAAGCGAGAAAAAGGAAACUUUAGAAAGUCGAAUUAGAGAAUUGGAAAAUGAUAUAUCUUCAAAUUCGAAAAUUUCUGAUGAAAUACAAACUAAAAAUGAGAAUUUGGAAGUCAAAUUAAAAUCAACAGAAAAAGAACUAUCGGCUCUGGAAUCUAAAUUUGCGGAUGAAACCAAGCGCCUCAAAGACCAGAUAACUGAGCAUGAGGUAACUAUUUCUGAUCUUAAAUCUGACCUUGAAAAAAAGGUUCAGGAAGUAGAAAAGGAACGAAACAUGUUAAGCCAAAAUUCAGAAACAGUGAUAAAGGAAUAUGGUGAUAAAAUAAAAGAAUUGGAAAAGGCUCUUAGUAUCGCUAAAAAUGCUCACGAAUCCAAGUUGAAUGCAAUUUCGAAAGAGAAAAGGAUUGCGGAUGAAAGUCUCAAAUCUAUAAGCAAAGAGUUUGAAAGUCAUAAAAGUGAUUCAAAUGAGGCGACUUCUAAACUCACUAAAAAAGUUGAAUCAUUGAAAGUUGAAUUGGAGAAUGAAAAGAAACUUUCGAAUGCAUUUUCAGAGAAAGAAGUGGAAUUCAAAAAGGAAGCAGAAGCCUUAAAGGCUACAUCAAAACAGCUUGAAGAUGAAAUUGAGAAGCUUAAAAAAGAGAGAGAGAUUGCAAAUAACAAUUUCCAUGAAAAGAAUCGAGCGCUUUCUACUCUAGAAAAUGAUUUAAAUACUAAGCUAGAAGAAAUUAAUUCUAUUAAUAAGGUUGCUGAAUCUUACAAAAAAGAAUCGGAAAGUGGAAAAUCCAAAAUUAAACAACUUGAAAAAGACUUAGAAACUGCUCAGAAACUUGGUAAUGAAACUAAGGACGAGAUAGAGGCUCUUAGUGAAAAAAUUGAGGAGUUAAAGAGUGCAAAUGCAAUCUCCGAGGAUUCUUGGUCUAGCAAGCUUAAGGAUUCUGACUCUAGUUAUGCUGCUCUUGAAGAGCAAAAAAGAUCAAUAUCUCAAGAAUUGUCAGCCUUAAAGUCAUCUGAUAAAGCUGCAUCAGAAAUGACUAAGCAAUUGGAAAACGAACUUCAAACGUUAAAGGAUGAUAUUGAACAAAAAUCCCAAACGAAAAAAGACUUAGAAGAGAGGUCGACGAAUCUUUCUUCAACAAUCACAGAACUUGAAAAAGAACUUGAAAUUGUGAAAAAAGAUUUAGAAGCCGAAAAAUCUACAACAGAUAAAUUAUCUACCGAAUUGAAAGAUCAUUCGAAGCUAUCAACUGAUUUAAAGGAAUACAAAGGAAAAUUUGAGCAACUAGAAAAAGAUCAUGAACAAUUAAAGAAGAAAUUUGAAACAGAUGAAAAUAUUCAUAAUGAAAAAUUGAAAGAACUAAAAUCCAAGGUUGAUUCCUUAAAAGAUGAUCUGGCAGAAGUAGUAGAUUUGAAGAGUGAAAUUGAAAGGCUCAACAAAGAACUAUUUUCAACUAAAACAACAAAAGAUACUGAAAUCAAAAAUCUUAAGGAAGAUUUAAAGUCUGCUAAAACCUUGAAGAACCGUGAAGAGGAAUUGAAAAAAGACUUGAACAUUUCAAAGGAAAGCGCAUCAACCUUGAAAACAGAAAUGACUCUGUUAAAGGAAAAUGAAGCAAAAUUGAAACAGGAGCUAGAUUCUUCGAAGAAAAACGAAGAUUUAUUGAAAAAAGAACUAGAAUCCUUGAAAUCUAGUCAAAAAGAUAAAGAGAAGGGUAAAGACUUCGAUACUCAAAAGGCUGAGUUUUUAAAGAGUGAGAAAGCACUUAAGGAGGAGAUAGAAUCGUUACAAAAGAAAUUGAAGGAACAGGCGUCGAACAUGGUACCAAAAUCGGAGUUAGAUGACUUAAUGUUACUUAUGUCUGAUAUUGACGAACGUAAUAAGAAAUACAAAAAACAAUUGAAGGCUUUAGGCCAAGACAUUUCAAGCGACGAAGAAAGUGACGAUGACGAUGAUGAAGACGACGAUGAAGAUGAUGAUGAUGACGAUGAUGAAGACGACGAUGAAGAUGAUGAUGAUGACGAUGAUGAAGAUGAUUAA